GCGUUUCGCACGCGGAAAACUCACCGCACCUGGAGCGGAUGCUGCUUUGAAUGGCUAAAGGUGAUGAGCCUGCCUCUGGAGGUUCGAGUUGCAGCCAUCGAGGAAGGCUUGCUUGAUGUACAAGACACUCAAGCUCGGCUCACUCCGUUGGCUCCCAAGAACGAGGGCGUGGAGGAGCUGCAGCUGAAAUUCCGGGCUUUGGAGGAGCACCUGGAGGACGAACUGCUGAAGACCGGGAAGGCUCUGCGGAAAGACUUCCGGGAGGAGCUCUCCCAUUUGAGGCAAAGUGGGCAUCAAACCAUCGACCAUCGCGCCCAAGAUGCUGCAAAACAGAUCCUCGAGGAGCUCCAGGCUGUGAAGACGCGAUUGGAGGAGCUGGAAGUCGUGGUGCCAGAUGUGAAGAGUCUCUACAGCGGCUUGGAGGUCGCUGUGCACCGGGCGCGCGACGUGAAGGAGGUGGCACCUUCCGCCCUUGCAGCAGUGCAAGAUGAAUUGAGACAGACCCAGGCAGAAGUGUCACAAGGCAACCUGCCGGAGUUGAACUCCAAGGUGGAGUCUCUGUGCGAACGCCUGGAAGUGACGUCCAUGGUGGUGCGCAACGACUUGGGCAGUCGAUCCUCAGAGAUGACAUGUCUCAGGGAAGAAGUGGCGCAGAUGCAUCAGCGCUUUGAUGGAGAACUCUCUGCGUUGAAACUGCAACUCACUCAACAGCUCGGCCAAGAUGUGGAGGUCCAGAUCUCCAAAGUGCUAGAGCUGCAGCCGCAGCUGGUAACGGAGCUGACUGAGCGAGUGAAUCAACUGGAGGCUGAGAAGGUCGAGAAGGUCGAGAAGAAAACCUUUGAGAAGUUGGUGAAAUAUGUGGAAACCAGUCUGCUUCAACUGAAGGAUGACUUUGAAGAAAAGAUGGCAUCCCAGUCAUCUCAGAUCUCCCAGAUCUCCCAGGUCUCCCAGGUCUCGGUCGAAGGAUCGGUCCCAGGUCGUGACGUUACACGGCUGUCACAGCGGAUGGAUCAGCUGGCCACCAGCUGUCAGAAUUCCAACUCGGGGCUCCGCGAGCUGCAGUGGAAGGUGGCCAAACUCACGGAAAAGACAGCUACUCAGCACCUGGCUGAUUCAGCUGCGCAAGUGGCGGAGUUCUCUGCUCUCAGAGAGGAGCUGGAGAAAACUCUGGAGAAAACCAGGGAUCAACCAGCGGUCCAUCCCCAGGGUCCCCAGCUGGAGCAUGUAACUGAGCAGUGUGCGACCGUUCACAAAGAACUGCAACAGUUGCAAGAGCAAAUGACUUCACUCUGGCGACAAACCGGUGCCCUGGUGGAUGAGAUGCAGCUGUUGUCUCCCACCGUGAAACAAGAUUUGUUGCGCUGGAAGCAAGGCAUCAGCGCACAGGUCUCAGAGCACGAGGGCCGCUUGAAAUGCCUGGCUGAAACCGCUGGGGCUGCAGCCGCUGCGCAGCGGGGAGAUGAUAGUGGCACCGUCACUGGGCGCCUGGUGAAUCUCAGCGAUGAACUGCUACUGCUGCGGAAGGAACUUCACGGCCUGCGUGAUGCGACAGGUCCCGUGGAGUCAGCAAACUCGAGGCAAGACAUCGCAACACUUCGAGAAGAGCUGCAAACUUUAGCCAAGCAGAGUGAGUUGCAGCAGUUGCAGCAGGCAAUGACAGAACUGGUCACCAAAUGUGAGACAUCCCCAGAGGUCCAAGCACUGCACGAGUCGAUGACGGCUUUAUCCCAGGAGAUGACAUCAUCACGAAACGCAUGGUCCAAAGUCCAAGAGGAGGUGGCAGCGUGCAUGGAGGAAGUGUCGAAGUCAGCAAGCUCGAGGCAAGACAUUGCAACACUUCGAGAAGAGCUGCAAACUUUGGCCAAGCAGAGCCCACAGCACGCGCAGCCACUCGAGCCAGUCACCAAGUGUGCAUCGACAUCGGAUUCGCCACAAGUAGCGUCUACAUCCCCGGAGAUGCAACAAAUGCACGAGUGGCUGUCCAAACUCCAAGAAGAGGUCAAGGCUCUCACUUCCGACCCCCAGCGGGUCAAUGAGUUGUUGAGAAAAACCGAUGACUUGACCAAGCAGCUGGCCGAGAUCCGUGCCACUCCAGAGCUCAUUGAGAAAGAGGUAGAGCAGCGCUUCUCCCACUGCGAUCAGCGCGUGACGACUCUGCAGCACUUCGUCAGCGUGCGGUUGGAGGCCAUGAACGAUUCCUGCAGCGCCAGUGAAAAAGACAUGGCCAAGUUACGGGAAGGCCUACGAGAGGAGUCGGAGCGUCUUGCGAGCAAAGGCGAGGGUAAGUUGGAGCCGCCACAGCUGGAGGAGUCUACUACUCUGCAUCACUUAGCCCUGGGAGUGCUGAAAGUGGCUCAAUUUCUUGGUGUCACGACUGAGGACGUCUGCGAGAAGCUGGGCUGGAAAGAUGCCAUCAGCGACCUGGUGAGGAUGGUGGAGCAUGCCUGGCUGCGUGGACCCUAUCGACUGCCAGAGAAGGCAUCGGUCCUGAAGCUGCUACGACAAAAAGCAGACCUGGAAAGGGUUCAAGGUCUACAAGUGCAACUGGAGGAUGUAGCGUCCUUUCAGGGUAGCUGGAGCACAGUGAGCCCAACCCCGGGCCCAGUGCCGGAAACCACGUCUCCAGCGGUGUCGGAAACGUGGCAGCAGUUGAAUGACAUGACCAAAGUCCUGCAGCAGCUACGGAGGCUGCAGAAGGUGGAGGAAGUUGAGCGGGUACCUCUGGGAGGAAGUCGAAUGGGAGCUGAGGACUUUCGCAGCCAAUUGGACCCCCCAAGCAUGGCGCGACUGCAGAAACGGCCGGCCUACAAUGGGAGGUCCUACUCAGUCUCGGGAGUGCCUGGCAGGUCUUGAUCUCUUGAGCCCGUGAAGAUCUGG